UUUUUCAUUCGGGCCAAUUGCUGCCGCAGCUCUUGGAUUUUCUGAGUGCUGUUCUCAGUCAGGAUUUUUGGUUUUCAUUAGGUUUAUUUAUACUAAGUUAAUUAUUUUUUCUGCCAACGUAAACUCGGAAAAUUCUCCUAGCGACGAUGUUGAGCCAAAUUUUCCAACUUACCUCGCAAA